GCGCCCCUACCAACAUUAUAUUUUUGAGAAUUAUCCAAAUUAAUUUUAUGUGUCACUCUGACUGGGCCACAGAGGGCCCAGGUAUUUGGUUAGAUAUAAUUCUAGGUUUGUCUGUGAGAGUGUCUGCAUGAGAUUAACAUGAGUCAGCAGACUGAGUAAAACAGAUUGCCCUCCCCCGUGCGAGCAGGCCUCAUCCAGUCCAUUGAAGGCCUGAAUGGAACAAAAAGGCAGAGUAAGGGAGAAUUUGCUCUCUCUGCCUGGAUGCCUUCCAGCUGGGACAUUGUUCUUCUCCUGCCUUUGGACUCAGACUCAGACUGGAACUUAGACCAUCGGUUCUCCUGGGUUUCCAGCUUGCCACCUGCAGAUCUUGGGACUUGUCAGCCUCCAAAACCACGCGUGCUGGUCACCAUGACAACAGAGACCGGCCCCGAUUCUGAGGUGAAGAAGGCUCAGGAGGAGGCCCCACAGCAGCCCGAGGCCGCCGCCGCUGCGACCACCCCUGUGACCCCUGCAGGCCACGGCGGCCACCUGGAGGCCAACUCCAAUGAGAAGCACCUGCCCCAGCAGGACACUCGGCCUGCUGGACAGAGCCUAGACAUGGAGGAGAAGGGGUAUGGGGAGGCUGAUGGCCUGUCAGAGAGGACCACGCCCAGCAGAGCCCAGAAAUCACCCCAGAAGAUUGCCAAGAAGUACAAGAGUGCCAUCUGCCGAGUCACUCUGCUCGAUGCCUCUGAGUACGAGUGUGAGGUGGAGAAACACGGCCGGGGCCAGGUGCUGUUUGACCUGGUCUGUGAGCACCUCAACCUCCUGGAGAAGGACUACUUCGGCCUGACCUUCUGUGACGCCGACAGUCAGAAGAACUGGCUGGAUCCCUCCAAGGAAAUCAAGAAGCAGAUCCGGAGCAGCCCUUGGAAUUUUGCCUUCACAGUCAAGUUCUACCCCCCUGACCCUGCCCAGCUGACAGAAGACAUCACAAGAUACUACCUGUGCCUGCAGCUGAGGGCGGACAUCAUCACGGGCCGGCUGCCAUGCUCCUUUGUCACACAUGCCCUGCUGGGUUCCUACGCCGUGCAGGCGGAGCUGGGCGACUAUGACGCCGAGGAGCACGUAGGCAACUAUGUCAGCGAGCUCCGCUUCGCCCCCAACCAGACCCGGGAACUGGAGGAGAGGAUCAUGGAACUGCACAAGACGUACAGGGGCAUGACUCCAGGAGAAGCAGAAAUCCAUUUCUUAGAGAACGCCAAGAAGCUUUCCAUGUAUGGAGUAGACUUGCACCAUGCUAAGGACUCCGAGGGCAUCGACAUUAUGUUAGGAGUCUGUGCCAAUGGCCUGCUCAUCUACCGGGACCGGCUGAGAAUCAACCGCUUCGCCUGGCCCAAGAUUCUCAAGAUCUCCUAUAAGAGGAGUAACUUUUAUAUCAAGAUCCGGCCUGGGGAGUAUGAGCAGUUUGAGAGCACCAUUGGCUUUAAGCUCCCAAACCACCGGUCAGCCAAGAGACUGUGGAAGGUCUGCAUAGAGCACCACACGUUCUUCCGGCUGGUAUCACCCGAGCCCCCGCCCAAGGGCUUCCUGGUGAUGGGCUCCAAGUUCCGAUACAGUGGGAGGACCCAGGCGCAGACCCGCCAGGCCAGCGCCCUCAUUGACCGGCCCGCACCCUUCUUCGAGCGUUCCUCCAGCAAACGGUACACCAUGUCCCGCAGCCUUGAUGGAGCGGAGUUCUCCCGCCCAGCCUCGGUUAGUGAGAACCAUGACACGGGACCUGACGGUGACAAGCAGGAGGAUGGCGAGUCUGGGGGUAGGCGGUCAGAGGCCGAGGAAGGAGAGGUCAGGACCCCCACCAAGAUCAAGGAGCUAAAGCUGGAGCAGGAAACCACGCCGAGACACAAGCAGGAGUUCUUAGACAAGCCAGAGGAUGUCUUGCUCAAGCACCAGGCCAGCAUCAACGAACUCAAGAGGACCCUGAAGGAACCCAACAGCAAACUGAUCCACCGGGACCGAGACUGGGAGCGGGAGCGCAGGCUGCCCUCCUCGCCCGCCUCCCCCUCCCCCAAGGGCACCCCUGAGAAAGUCAACGAGUCCCGGAGGACCCAGGACACCUCUCCACAGGACUUGGCACCUGAGCCUGGGACGGCCACAGGCUGGGAAGUGUUCACUCAGAAAAGCCUCGCAGCGUCUCCUGAGGGUUCAGAGCAUUGGGUAUUUAUAGAAAGAGAGUACACUAGGCCAGAAGAACUCAGCCUCCUAAAAGUGACCACCACUCAGCAGGAAGAAAGUAAGGCAGGCCUCGCAGAUAUCCUUGCUGAUGGCAGACUCUCCAAGGUAGACGUCCUGGUGGACAAGUUCAAAGUCGAAGUGGCCACAGAAGAAAUAGUGGGAGUUAGAAGAGCAAAGACCCAGCACCAAGGAAGAAUGAUUGCAAGCCCUGAAGACUUUGAGGCAAUGUGGGAGGAGGGCCCCUGGGUCAGGAAAGGCCCAGAAGGGGCUUCUCUUGCUGCAGGCUGUGCACUGGCAGGAAACCUCCUUGAGGGCUCCCAUUUGAGGGUGGGCACUGGGGAGGCCACCAUCAAGAAGCGCUGGAUCUCAGGUGGUCAGCUGGAGGGCCAGAUGGAGCUGAGGAAGGAGCUGGAGGAGUUCCAGACUUGGGGAAGACCUGCUGCCUCGGGGACCAGGCUAGCAGAGGCCAAUGUCCCUUCUCCAGCCUCCGACAAGGGAGGACUCCAGUCGUUUCUGCUGGACCCAGCCCAGUUGGAAGCCAGAGCUGACUCGAGUGAUGAAACCGAACCUUCCUUUGUGGAGAGGAGCUUCUAUUUGAACUAUGGAGAGAAAGAUUCUGAAGACCCACCUGUGGAGGAGAGGGAAGAGCACAUGGAUGCCCUUCCUGUUGACGAGACCAGGCUGGAGCGCUCAGAGAGGCUCCCGGAGAGCUCUGUGCUCACUUCCUCAGACCCACAGGGCCUUGCUGCAGCUUCCAGCAGGAGCAAGGACGAAGAGGGUGAUGGCCAUAUGGCCUCCUUAGAGGAAGGGGCAUGGUCCCCCAGGGACCACGGAAGACCAGAUGGCCCAGAGGCCUUUGUUGAGCAGCUUGGUAAGGGACCUUCUCCAGGGCAGACAUUUGCUGAGGACUGGGAAGAAGCUGGGCGGGGGGUGGAAGGAGAAUUUAGCCACCCAGCAUGCAACCUAAGCACAGAGGAAGAGGCCCCCAAGGGUGGAGAUUUGAUGGAAAAGGCUGAGAAAAGUUCCCCAGCAGGAUGGCAGAACCACUCACCUCACAGAGAAGGGGGCAUGCGCCCAGACCUCCCAGCCUGCGCCCUUCCGCGGACCACCCCUCCUAAUGAUGUCAGGAAGCCAACCAAGCCAGAUAGAGCCAACUUCCUGCCCCAAGACAGGCGACUGGUGCACAUCCCAACAGGAGAACCUGCGAUGGAGGACAGAAAGGCCUCAGUGUUUCUUCAGAUGGAAGUGAUCGCCCCCCUCCCAGCUUCCCCUGAUCCCUUUCAAGCUCAGGCAGCUCCGGAGGAAACUUCUCCAAGCCCAGCCCCUCGUGGGUCAGGGGAGCCUCCACAGCUUGGGGAUCCUUUUGGAGAACAGUCCGCUGUGUUUCUCAAGCAUGCCCAUCCUUUUAAAGGGAGCCCAGAGCCCAAGGACCGAGUAGGACUGUCUGUGACCCCAGAUGGAGGUGAGCGCCGGGCACCUCCCAUUGCCAGCAGAAAGCCCAGACUUGUCUCUGAAGAAGCCAAGGGGGCUGUACCCCUGGGGUUGGUGUUCCCUUCAGGGAAGCAAAAGGGGAUGACCUCUUUCCAGGCUGGGGGCCAAGAGGGCUCCCUGGAAGAUAUUAGCAAGACCUCAGUGGCCAACAAAAUUCGGAUCUUUGAGACCCAUGGAGCUGAAGCUCGCCGAGCGAGUCAAGGUGAAACAAGGGCCCUCAUGAGCGAGUUGUCUUCAGAGGCCUCCGUGGGUCAGGUAGAGCAACAGCGGAAUAAGCUUCUGGACCUGGGCUUCGUCCAGCUCCAGUCCCCAGGGGACUUUGCUGGCCCCAAAGCCACCCAUUCCUCAGUGACGUCGCUGGCUCCCAGACACUUCAGGGUGGGCAUUGCUACCACAUCCCCCCAGGAAGAAUGCACGGACCUCGAGCUCAUGUCCCCCGAUUCGGGCUGUGAAACUGCGCUGGAGGAAACCACCGGGGGCACUGGCCACAACAAAUCCGGAGAUGCGGUCAGGGAAGAGAAGCCCAUCACCAGCUUAGCAGCAAACCCCCCUGGAAAAGGGGGGCGCCUGAGAUUCGCCAGCCCCUCGGGCCCUCAGAGAGCAGGGCUAAGGGAGGGCUCAGAGGAGAAGGUCAAACCGCCUCGUCCCAGGGCCCCAGAGAGUGACACAGGAGACGAGGACCAGGACCAGGAGAGGGAUGCGGUGUUCCUGAAGGACAACCACCUGGCCAUUGAGCGCAAGUGCUCCAGCAUCACGGUCAGCUCCACGUCCAGCCUGGAGGCUGAGGUUGACUUCACAGUCAUUGGUGACUACCAUGGCAGCGCCUUCGAAGACUUCUCCCGUAGCCUGCCUGAGCUCGACCGAGACAAAAGCGACUCAGAGACCGAGGGCCUGGUGUUCUCCCGGGAUCUCAACAAGGGGGGCCUCAGCCAGGAAGACGAAUCUGGGGGCAUCGAGGAUAGCCCGGAUCGAGGGGCCUGCACCACCCCAGAUAUGCCCCAGUUUGAGCCCGUGAAAACGGAAACCAUGACGGUCAGCAGCCUGGCCAUUAGAAAGAAGAUUGAGCCUGAGGCUGUCCUGCAGACCAGAGUCAGCACUAUGGACACCAGCCAGCAGGUUGAUGGGACUGCCCCAGGGGGAAAGGAAUCCAUAACAACUGCUCCGUCCAUCACCACGGAGACCAUAUCGACCACCAUGGAGAACAGUCUCAAGUCCGGGAAGGGGGCAGCCGCCAUGAUCCCAGGCCCACAGACGGUGGCCACGGAUAUCCGUUCUCUUUCUCCGAUCAUCGGGAAAGAUGUCCUCACCAGCACGUACGGCGCCACCGCGGAAACCCUCUCCACCUCCACCACCACCCAUGUUACCAAAACUGUGAAAGGGGGGUUUUCUGAGACGAGGAUCGAGAAGCGGAUCAUCAUCACUGGGGAUGAAGAUGUUGAUCAAGACCAGGCCCUGGCUUUGGCCAUCAAGGAGGCCAAACUGCAGCAUCCUGACAUGCUGGUAACCAAAGCUGUCGUAUACAGAGAAACAGACCCGUCCCCAGAGGAGAGGGACAGGAAGCCACAGGAAUCCUGACCUCUGUGAAGAGAUGCUGGCGUUUCUGGUCCAACCCAAGCCAGAGAACCGUUAAGAAGGGGCCUUCAUUCUGGAUUCUCCGACUCAACACCGAAGUCCCAGCUGUGACGUACUGUCACCGAAAAGGAACUGGGAAAGGAAAAGCAUAUAUAUAGAGAUAUAUAUAGAUAAAGAUAUAUAUACGGGAAACGCCGCGUCCUUGCCCCGCUGCUGGGGCUGGUCACGCAGUCGGCCGGCAGCAACAACCAUCUGGACACCUACAUUUUCUUUGCAGACAAAUUGAUGAACUGGUGGGAUUUUUCAGGAAAAAAAAGAAAAUAUAUAUAUAUGUAAUGACAAUAAUCUCUCGCUCCCCCUUUCGAAGCCCUGUGGAACGACAAAAGCAAGCCAGACCACAGUGACCGUAGGAGUACAAAACCAUCCUGGUUCUGCACGUGACCUUGCGUGGACGAGCAUCCCAUUUGUCCUAAAGUGUGUGCUGUCCACUCCAGUGCAAAGGAAGCACUUUUGCGGCCAAGCAAGAGAAGUCGCGGCAGCAAGACAUGCACCGUCAACCGUUUGCCGAGAAAGAAAGAAAAUCCCCCACUCAGAAAGGAGGAGGAACACUGGAUUAUUAUUUUUUGGGUCUUGACACUGGGCUGCAAAAUCCACCUUCCUUUCUUCCGCCUCCCCUCCCCCUCGACUCCCGCGUCUUGUUGUCAUUUCUGUCUCGGCUCCCCCUCCCCCUCCCCCACCCUCUGUAUCCUGGUCCUGCCAAGGGCCGCUGCAGAUGACUCUGGUUUGGAACAAGAAAAAGAAAAGAAGGCAAGAGCAGAAAACCCAGCCACAGGAAGGAAAGUAGACAGUGUAUGUUCAUGGGUUCUCAUUAUGAGGGUGCGGCUUGUAGAUGUGUAUGGAUGUGCUUUUAAGUUAUGUAUAUGACAUAUAACAGGAAACAAAUAUUAAAAUAAACAGUGCUGGUAAGUAUGAAGCUGACAUUUUAAAAAUUAUAAUUAUCCGACUGUGAUUGAUGUAUCCCAAGGUUCUUAGAUCUCACUGAACCAGCCCAGCCGAGGAGACCUGGACUCUGGCCAUGGGUUGCUCGCAGUAGGAGCUGAUGGUUCAGCGUAGUAAUACAGUGUGUGGUAUUUGUAACUGGUUGAUUGGUGGGGUGGGGUGGGGUCCCCAGAUGGAGGGGCAGGGGUUUGGCAAGAAGGAAGAAACACAGAUGUAGUCCAAGAUGCCUUCCCCCCAUCCCCCUCCGGGAGUAGCCACCAGGGCCUGGUCUGUGCUCAGGUGUGGGGUCCAGAGUCAGGAUUCCGCUACAGGGGUCCCCUGGCUCAGCCCCCGUACCUCCCUAGGGGUUUGCUUCGGUUUUCAGUCUUCUCUUUUUUCGGCCACAUAUCUUUUCCCUGACCACAUUGUGACAGCUGACUCCCCAUCCAAAGUGAUGUGACACCCACCAGCCACUGCAGAGGAUGGUGGCUUUAACCUGGCUGUCUGGAGAGCCUGGCUCGCUCUCAUCCUCUAUGCCUCCCACAUUCGUUUUCUUCCUCCUGGGCCAGAGCAGCCAUGGUAGAGACCAUGAACACAGGGCAGGCCCCAUAGGGUAGAACUUCAUUUCCAAAGGCUUUGCCUGCCCCCCGACAAGCCGCGGAUGAAAGGUGGUAUUGCUCAGAGGCUCCUUCUAUGUAUGAGACUCUGGCUUUGGAAACCUCCCCUUUAGCCAGCGUCUGAGCUCUGAGCCUGUACCGUCAGAGUCCCCAGAAUUGCCUUCAGACCACAGAAGCCCUUGGAGAAUACCCCUUCCAAAGCUUGGGAUUUCCCAGUCUUGCCUGCCAGGAGCUGCUUCCCUGAGCUCAAUGAGUCCCCUUUGGAGGGAAUAUGUCCCCACCGCACUUUUAAUUUCUCAGUCCCCCCUCCUACCUCUACAGCGGUCAUUAAAUUCAUUCAACAAAUAUUUAUUGAGUACCUACUUGUGCCAGGCACUAUGCUUGGACUGCAGGAGAGAAUGUGGGGGAGGGGAGGGACCUGGAAGUCCUCUCAGCCAGCCUUACAUCUUCAAUCAUGGCUUGCCCCUCUGAGAGCAUUUCCACAUUCUCUCCAAUUAUUGGCCAUUGCCCAGGGAUACCCCCCCCCACAGGGCCCCGGCUUACUUCUCAGUUACCCCAAUGACAUAUAUGCUUAGUUUGCUAAGCUGGUGCUGACCUGAAGACGAGAAACCAGAACAGUGUUUGCCUCUGUGGGCAAAAAUGGGACAGAGAGCAGGUAGAGAGAGCCCUGCCCCUGGGGCUCAGAUGGGAGAUUCAGCCCGCCCCCCAGUAAGAGCAGUGGCCCCCACUCCAACCCCCCCUGAGUGCGACAGCUCACUUCCAUGCACCAGGUUCUUUUUACUAUCUUGGUGGAGAAGCCACAGAACCUCCUUCCCACCCCUUUCAACCGGAGAGCUCCUGUUCUUUCUGGGCCAAGAACUGGAAUGGCUCCACCCUCCCUGGGCUACCCGGAAUUUGGCUCAGGCCCCCCUGUCUUUGCAGGAACCAGGCAUCCUGAGCACACUGGUCACACCUCAGAGGGAGAGUAUUUGUUCUGGAUUCUAUACCUGUCUACAGCCCCUGAAUGUGUGGCUUCAGAGCAGGGAUGAAGUGACCAGGCUUAGCCUGUGGGCCGGCCAGGGUUUGUUUGUCUCUGUCCCACGGAUGCUGUGACCUUCCUUCCAUGGAGAGACAGGGAGAGCCACAAGGGAGGAGGGGAGCUGCAAAGCUGAAAUCUAGGGCACUGUUUCCUCCCAUCCUCCUCUUCCUAGACAAUAUAGAUGUUUGUCUUGUCUGUCUUCAACCUACUUUUCUUUUUUUCCUUUUUACAUUUCUCAUCCUUUCUGUGCUGCCUCUCCACCCAGGAGACCAUGUAGCAUAGUGGAAAAUGUCCUGGAGGGUAUCCUGGCUCAGCCCCUAACUCACCAUGUGACAUUGGACUAGUCCCACCCCCCCCUUUGGGGCCUCAGUUUCCCCAUUUGCAAAAUGAGCAGGAUACACCAGAUGCUCUCCAGGGUCUUUUCCGGGUCUGCUGUCCCACAGAUCUUCAUUUUCUCUUGUUUUGCUUUCUUGGGAUCUUUUCCGUCUGAGGGGACAGGAAGUGCCAGGACCUGUUUCAGUGUGUGAAUCCUGCAAGCACAUUCCAAGACUGGCCUGCAAUUGCAUGAGCAACAUCACUCUAAAGGAUUUUUUUUUUUCUCAAAAGCACUUGCCAACCGACUGCGAUGCUGUCCUGUUCCUUUUUACUCACACCCCUCCCCCCCGUCCCCUGCUCCCCCACCUCAGUGCUCUGUGCUGUAUGCGUGUGCUCUCUGUUCUUGUAUACUCAAUAAAAGUGAAAUAAAUGUGUUUGAUGCUGAACCACAAA